CCGCAGAUCUGGCUCAGGCUGCUGCUCAGUGAUUAUUUUAGUGGAUACCUCUUUUUAUUUGAUACGUAGCCGAGUUCACCCGAAAACCAGGGUCGUCAAUCCCCUGCAGAUUCCAGAGUGCAGCUGCCUUGGGGUCCUUAUCUCUUCAAGUACGCAUUUUGAUAAGCUGCAGCGAUUUUCGAAACGUCGGCCUUUCUUAAGCUUGAAUACCUUGAAUACCUUUCUGGAUCGGAUCUCGAGCUAGAAACUUACCUAACCUAAGUUAUAACUUCAACCUGGAUCCUAACCUUAGGUAGUUAUAAAAGCCAUUCGAUAUGCCACGAUUUAGGAUAGCCACCCUAAGCAGAUAUCUUCUCAAUAACCAAUUUUCUACCAGAGGCUGCUUAAAGUAUCGGGCACGGGCCAUUCCCGGAGCUAUUCAAAAUUCCAUUCGGUCGACGACGACCUUACGGUCUUUCCAGGCCCGGGCUGUCCACACCGAGUCUACUUCCCCCCUUCCAAAUAACACGCCCCCUACAGUUCAUGUUCCCUUGAGAAAACAAUUAAAAGACGAGGCCAAGAAGCAAAAAGUUCUUGGAAAGAAGAAGAAGAAAAAUUCGAGCAAUCAGGUAGUGGAUGGUUGGGAGUUAACUGUGGGAAUUGAGAUACACGCCCAGCUGAACACGGCAAGGAAGCUCUUUUCACCUGCAACUACGUCAUUCAGCGACGAGCCGAAUUCUCACGUGGCAUUUUUUGAUCUAGCUACACCCGGUAGCCAACCGCUCUUUCAGAAGGAGACUCUCAUCCCAGCGCUAAGAGCCGCUUUAGCACUUAACUGUGACAUCCAGAAUGUAAGCAGGUUCGAUAGGAAACACUAUUUUCAUUGGGAUCAACCGUCAGGCUAUCAGAUCACUCAGUAUUACGAACCAUUCGCGCGGGAUGGUAGGAUUUUACUGCAAGCUAGAGAUGGAAUUGCAGCGGAAGAUGGCGAUGGUAUCUCCGUUGGUAUUAAACAAAUCCAGAUGGAACAGGACACCGCCAAGACUUUGGCACAACCAGGCGAUGUCCAUUGGAUCGACUUCAAUCGCGUUGGUCUGCCUCUGAUUGAGAUCAUCACUUUGCCUGAUAUCCACUAUCCCGCAACUGCUGCUGCCUUGGUUAGAAAAGUUCAGACUUUGCUUAACGCUACUGAUUCUUGCGUUUUGGGUAUGGAAGCUGGUGGUUUACGCGCAGACGUAAAUGUGUCAGUUCGAAGAACCGAUGACCCAUCUGCGCCGCUAGGCCAACGUACCGAAAUCAAGAAUCUGAGUAGUUUCAAGGCUGUUGAGGACGCUAUUAUUGCCGAACGCGAUAGGCAGAUUUCCGUCCUCGAAUCCGGUGGGAAGGUCGAAAGCGAGACUCGUGGGUGGUCGAUUGGGUCAACUGAGACCCGCCGACUGCGUGGCAAAGAAGGCGAGGUCGACUAUAGGUAUAUGCCAGACCCUGACCUGGCGCCGGUUAUUAUAGGUAACGAUCUGGUCAAUUAUUUGAGAGAGGGCAUGGGCGAACUUCCGGAUGCUGAGAUUGAUGAACUCAUACAACGGUUUGGGCUUACUCCUAAGGAUGCGCUAUCUUUGGUGACUCUCGAUGGAGGUAAUCGAGUUGAAUAUUUCUGGAAUGUCGUCGACCUUCUCGCUAAGCGGUUCGGACCAAAUGCGAACUCGUCACAAUACCUUUCAGGUUACCAGCUUGCCGCCAACUGGAUCCUACACGAGCUAGGCCGACUAACAUCGGGCCGUAGUGAGGAUGACGCUCAAGACUUAGGGUUCACAGAGGAUGGGCAAUGCGACCGUGUGCCUGCCAAACACCUUGUCGAUAUCUUGUUAUAUCUAUACCAGCGCAAGAUAACUGCAAAAGUAGCCAAGGAACUUCUAUGGGCCGUUUUCAGACGCAGGAUUCCAGAUGAGUAUGCUACGAUAGAUACUGUCCUUGACGAGGAAAAUCUAUGGUUUAAUGAACUUGACGAGGACGAGUAUAUUCGGUUGGCAUUGGAGGCGGCCGAAGGACAGCAAGAAGUUGUGAAGCAGUUUAUAAACUAUAAGCAAUUCCCUCAGGGGAAGUUAAUGUUCUUGGUUGGUCGAAUGAUCAGGCUAGGUGCCGAGGAGAGGAUUGACCCAAAGGAAGCAGAGAGGGUCAUGAAGCGUGUGCUAGAAGAGACUCUGGUUCCAGCUAUUAGCGGUUGAGGCUAGACUCGGUCUUGAUACUAUUAGGAACUCUACAUCCGAGUGAGGACCGACGUAGGUGAGUCACGCAAUCGUGGCGGGCCAAGCACGACAUUGA